UUUCCUUACUCAUUGUCAAGUCAGCCUUAACUAAAAUGGGACUGUCCCAGUCCCACCUUUCAUAGUUGCCUUCGUCUAUAAGCACGGUCCCUCCCAUGGUAUUCCUUCUUGGAAAGCCUUAAGAACUUGGGAAAAAACUUUAUCUCUUCUUGCCUCACUCUCAGUCUGUGAUUCUGUCUUUGUGCGUGUGCAAUUGAGAGAGAGAUGGGAGGGAGGUAUUGUUACAAAGAUGUGUGGCCCUUCACAGCCAUGGUGACAAUGGAGUGUAUCAACGUUGGGUUAAACACUCUGUUCAAGGCCGCCACUUUACAAGGGAUGAGUUACCAUGUCUUUGUUGUCUAUGCUUAUGCUAUUGCUGCUCUUGUUCUCUUUCCUGCACCUUUUAUCUCCAGAAGAUCAAGGGUGCUUCCUCCCCUUAACUUUUCCAUAAUGUCCAAAAUUGGUCUUCUUGGAAUCAUAGGGAGUUCAUCUCAGAUCAUGGGAUAUACAGGCAUCAAUUACAGUUCUCCAACACUUGCUUCAGCCAUCAGCAACUUGGUGCCAGCCUUUACCUUCAUACUUGCCAUCAUUUUCAGGAUGGAAAAGGUAGCAUUGAGAAGCACAAGCAGUCAAGCAAAAAUCUUGGGCACCAUAAUAUCAAUAUCAGGUGCAUUUGUUGUGACUCUCUACAAAGGCCCGCCAAUCGUCAUUGCUCAAAAAUCAUCAGUUUCACUUAAUCAACCUCUAAACUCAUUAAAAUCAAAUUGGGUAAUUGGUGGACUUCUACUCACAGCUGAAUAUAUUUUGGUUCCACUAUGGUACAUUGUUCAGGCACAAAUUAUGAAGGAGUACCCAAAUGAACUUACUGUAAUAUUCUUUUACAAUCUAACUGUUAGCAUCAUAGCUGCAGUUGUAGGUUUAAUGACAGAAAAAAAUCCAAAUGCUUGGAGAUUGAGGCCAAAUAUAGCAUUGGUCUCGGUUGUGUGCUCGGGAAUUUUUGGAUCAUUCAUAAACAACACAGUUCAUGCGUGGGCGUUGCGCGUGAAAGGACCUCUCUUUGUAGCAAUGUUCAAGCCCUUGUCGAUUGCCAUUGCUGUUGCCAUGGGUGUUAUGUUCCUUAGUGACACCCUCCAUCUUGGCAGUCUUGUUGGAGCAACAAUAAUAUCUUUCGGCUUCUACACUGUAAUGUGGGGAAAAGCCAAAGAGGAGAUUGGUGUGGACCAUGAAGUUGGCAGCCUGGAAUCACCAUCUACCACUCAAAAGACCCCUCUAUUGCAGAGCUAUAAAGCUCAAGAGGUAUAAGCUAAAUGGAAUCUUUCUAAAGAAAAGCCAUUUGGACUCAUAUGUUAGUACCAUCAGCAAAGUUAAAUGACAGAACAUCCAACUCACAGUAAAUGUCAGCACUCAGCAGUC